AUGGCGAUCGAGAUCGUUCCUUUGACCGAGAAGGACAUCCCCGAGGCCGUAGAAUGCGUGCAGACCGCGUUUGCGGAAGAUCCGUAUUUCCUGUGGCUGUUUGAUGGCCGAUAUAAUGUCCACCGCAACGCCGCCUCGUUAGCCGCCCAUUUCCAAUAUGGCCUCAACUGCAACAUGCCUAUCUACAUCGCCAAGGCUCCCCCCAGCGACAAACGAAGCGCUUCCGUCGUCGGCGUCUGCUGGUGGUUCAGUCCGCAGCCGAAGCAGUAUCGUCCCUCGUGGUCCGUCUGGGCGCAGGACUGGCUGCUCUCCUUCCGCCAAUUGACAUUCAACAUCCGUUUCGGCGGACGCGGCGGGCUCAAUCUCUCCCGGUAUCGUCUGUGGAAGGCAAUGCAGCGCGAUACUCAUGCCCGAGUAUGGACGGACCCCCGCGGGUACUACUUCUGCAAUGUGCUGGCGGUCAGUGCGGAGAUGCGCGGCCAGGGCGUCGGCAGGAAACUGGUUGAGGUGGUGACGCGCAGGGCAGACCUCGAGGGUCGGUCGUGUUAUCUAGAGAGUUCCAAGGGAGUACCGAAUUUGAUUAUUUAUGAGAAGUUGGGGUUUGAGUUGGUCGAGGAGAUUGAGUGUGUCGAUGGGACGGAUGCAUGCAAGGUACGUUCGAUAUCAGAUUCGAAGAUGGAUAUGGCAAUGCUGACCGGAUAG